UUCGUGUGCAUGUGUUUUAAAUAUUCCAUACAGUUUCUAUCAACCCCCCAAAAUCCUUUGUAAUGCCAAAAAUUCUCAACAACUCCUCCUACAACCUUUCUCUUUUAUAUAUCACUCUAUAUAAUCUAAUCUAUCACCAUUCUCUCUUUGUCCUUUAUACCAAAUAUUACCCAAAAAAAAAAAGAACUUACAGUUUUCACAUCAUUUGUCUCUCUCUCCAAUGGAAACCCUACCUUGUUUCCUUACCCUAGCUGCUGCUUCCUGUGUAUACCUCUUCUGGUUCUAUCUCCUCGCCCAGAAGCUCACAGGUCCAAAAGCAUGGCCGGUCGUCGGUAGCCUUCCUGCUCUUUUCAUGAACCGGAGAAGAAUCCACGAUUGGAUAGCCAGCAAUCUUCGUUCAACAGGUGGAACUUCCACGUACCAAACUUGUACUAUAGCUCUCCCUUUCUUGGCUAACAAACAAGGCUUUUUCACCGUAACUUGUCACCCAAAGAACAUCGAGCAUAUUCUUCGAACCCGGUUCGAUAACUAUCCGAAAGGACCCAAUUGGCAAGCCGCUUUUCAUGAUCUUUUAGGCCAAGGCAUUUUCAACAGCGAUGGUGAAACGUGGCUUAUACAACGCAAAACGGCCGCGUUGGAGUUCACUACGAGGACGUUAAGACAAGCCAUGGCUCGGUGGGUGAACCGGACUAUUAAGAACCGUUUAUGGUGUAUUCUAGAUAAGGCUUCCAAGGAGAAGAUCUCGGUUGACUUGCAGGAUUUGCUGCUUCGUUUGACUUUCGAUAACAUUUGCGGACUCACAUUCGGUAAAGACCCUGAGACUCUCUCUGUGGAAUUACCAGAAAACCAGUUCGCCAUGGCUUUCGACACGGCUACCGAAGCGACUCUCCAACGGCUUCUCUAUCCCGGCUUCGUAUGGAGGUUCCAGAAGCUAUUGGGAAUCGGAGUCGAGAAAAAGUUGAAGAGUAGCCUCCAAAUCGUCGAAAAUUACAUGAACGAUGCCGUUGAAGCUCGCAAGGAAAACCCAUCCGACGAUUUGAUCUCCCGCUUCAUGAAGAAGCGUGACGUGGAUGGCAACUCCUUCCCCACUUCGGUUCUCCAACGCAUCGCGCUGAACUUCGUCCUCGCUGGCCGCGACACGUCAUCUGUCGCGCUGAGUUGGUUUUUCUGGCUCGUCAUGAACCAUCCACAUGUGGAGGACAAGAUCGUCAACGAAAUCUCAACGGUUCUGCGCGAGACACGUGGCGACGAUCAUCGGAAAUGGCUCGAUGAGCCUCUGGUAUUCGACGAAGCGGACAAGUUGGUCUAUCUAAAAGCGGCACUUGCUGAGACUUUACGAUUAUACCCUUCGGUGCCCCAAGAUUUCAAGUUCGUCGUAUCCGACGACGUUUUACCGGACGGGACUUUCGUUCCCUCCGGUUCGACGAUCACGUAUUCGAUAUAUGCGGUUGGGAGGAUGAAGACCAUAUGGGGAGAGGACUGCAUGGAGUUUAAACCGGAGAGGUGGAUUUCGGCCCAAGGUGACCGGUUCGAACCGCCCAAGGAUGGUUAUAAGUUUGUGGCUUUUAAUGCUGGGCCAAGAACCUGCUUAGGCAAGGACUUGGCUUACCUCCAAAUGAAAUCGGUGGCCUCCGCCGUACUUUUGCGUUACCGGCUGUCAUUGGUUCCUGGUCACCGGGUUGAGCAGAAGAUGUCACUCACGCUGUUCAUGAAGAAUGGGCUUCGGGUUUAUUUGAAUCCGCGUGAGCUUGAAGGUCAAGAGGAGACGAACACCGUUCCUGCAAUGUAGAGGGGCAUUUUGGUCAUUCAAAAAAAAGGGGUUUCUCUUCCGUUAACUGUGUAAUGGAAUAGCAAUACAACCACAGUAACCACACCAUUGUACUCUCUGAGAAGGAACAGUGGGGUGGUAAGGGCAAUAUGGUGAUUUUAGUCUCUUGAUUGAGGGUACAAAAGUCAUUUAAUUUGUAUUUACUACAUUUCAUAUAAUAUUGUUUUUAGUUGUUUGUUUGUUUGGUGGGUACAGUUUGCUCAUCUAAAUUUGAAUACUGAUGUCAUUGUUGUAAUGUUGAUAUAUAUUUCCACAGGAGUUGCUGUGGGUCUUCUUGUGCCUUAUUAAUAAAAGUUACAAAUUAAUUUCACUUCU